AUGUUUUCCACAUUGUCCCUUGUCGAUGACGAUGGGGCGUAUGGACCCCUCUGCAGCGGAUGUAACAAUGAUAUCGAUGAGGGAUCAGUUAUCGCUUUCGGUGAUGCUCUUUUCCAUCUAGAUUGCUUUACGUGCGCCAAAUGCCGUCGUUCUGCCGACUGCGAGUCCAACCUGUUAUUGUUGAGCGACGGUCGACCGGUAUGCGAAAGCUGCUCAUACAACUGCUAUGUUUGUAAACAAGUGAUCCGCGAUGAGGCUAUCAUGACAGGUGACGAGGCAUAUCACGCAAGCUGUUUUCGGUGUGUAUCAUGCAAACGCAGAAUUGAAGAUCUCGUCUUCACUCAAACAACAAAGGGCAUCUAUUGUACGCCGUGUCACGAGAAGCGCAAGCUGAAACGGCAAAAGCGCAAAGAAGAAAAAGAGCGUCGAAAACAGCUGCAAUACAAUCUCAGUUACGCGACCAAGUCAUUGCCAUCCAUACCUUCUGGCUUUCAGUCGCCAGCCAAUGCCACGCCUUCCUCCUCAUCAUCUACCACCACCACCAUCACCACAAACCCUGACGCCAAUCUUCCGCUUCCAACACCGCGGCCUGGCGCCUUGAAGGAGCGGCCAUACAUGGCCAACCGUCAUGCAAGCCGCUUAUUCGAUGCAGAUGUGGUUUCAAAUUACAUGGUGAACACUAACCAAAAGAACCCGCCAACACCAGCACGCUCAAGGAGCAGCUCCAUGGACAACGUCUCCCACCGCCAGCAACAGCAACAGCAACAGCAGCAGCAACGCACCGUCCAUCCCACACCUUCACGUUCAGCCGGCUUGACAUCACCACCCAACAGUGGCAAACGACUGUCUGUCAUACCAGACGGUGAGCCCGCCGUUCCUUCAUCGUCCUCAACCAAAACGCUCGACAUGGCUUUGCCAGACAUCCCGACAUUGAACUUUUCGUACUUUGACAACGACUCGGCCGAGCUGCUCAACCUGACAAAGGAUCUGGGUGUGUUUGCCGAGAAUACCAGCGCUGUCAUUGGCAAUGAAAAGCUGCAGCAAGAAGCAGCUCAAGCUGUGUCGUCGAUCCAAGACAACAGCAGUAAUCGAAUUGCUCAGGCAUCGCGUAUCUUGUCAUUGUCCUUGGCGGACGAGUUUCCUGAACCGCCAGCAACAUUCAAUCAGAUGGCCCCCACAUCGCCAAUAACAACAGCCGGGUUCGACGAGUUGCCGGAUAAUGUUGCGCAACUCAAAUCCCAGCUUCAAUCGUCCAAACGUAAACUGGCGGACACAGAGGCUAAUUUUCAAAAAAUUAAGGGAGCCAGCAAACGAGCAUUGGACGAGUUCCAGAGCGCCAAAGAAGAAUUCGUCAAAGAAAAUACCAUUCGACAACAGCACGAAAAGACGAUCCAACAGUUACGGCAACAGAUCACCUUGAUGCUUCAAGCCCAGCAAAACGACCCCGAAAGUUUUGUCAUCAAAGCUAAACGCGAUAUUGAGCGACUCGCUCACUUGCGUGUCGAACUAGAACGGACAUGUCAAGAACUCAAGGGAUACCGUAAUGUAUUAGCAACAUCAAUUAGCAACGACGAACAGCAAGCUGGACUUGCCGGUUUGAUAAAUACCGAACUUGAUUCUCUGAAAUCGGAACGCGACACACUACGAAGCGAAACCAAAGAACUGGCCAAGUUACGAGACGAUGUGAUCAACGAAAUGAUCAUGCUCAACACCAAGAACGCCGAGCUGAGCGGUAUGAACAAUGAUCUGUCACGGCGUGUCACGGAGCGCGAGCGAGAAGCAGCUGCGGUCAUGGCCGGCACCAGUUUCAUUCGACGUGGGUCUGAAGAAGUGUCUAAUGCGAUUGUAUCUACGACGGCCAAGGUUAUUGCCAGGGACAGUUUCCAUGGUACCCAGGCACCCAAGGUGUUUAAGAUCAAGCCCAAGAACUUUUUCAAAAAGUCCAACAGUGCCGAUCAACAAAUGAUGUCAUGGUCAUCGAGCAGUGGCAGUAACGGUAGCGCUACCACCACCACCACUACUACUACUACCACCAGCAGUAGCAGCAGUAGCACAUUGUCACUCAAGUCCCGUCAUGCAUUCCACCCAGCCUCGUUCCUGAGACCUACACGGUGCGACGUGUGUAACGAUAAGGUGUGGGGCCGCUCGGAUCUGCGAUGCCAGGGUUGUGGGUUCAUUACACACGCUAAAUGUUUGAGCAACGCCCCACAGUUAUGUGUGGAGCAACAACACAAUCAGGGCCGAAGCAACAGUCUAGACGAUCUAGCAUCCAGUCUGUUUGGCAUUGACUUGUCAGAGCAAGUCUUCAAAGAAGACCGACCGGUUCCGCGUGUUGUAGAGCAAUGCAUUGAAGCAGUCGAAGCGCGAGGCAUGGACUAUGAAGGCAUCUAUCGCAAAUCAGGCGGUGCAGCACAGAUGCGUACGAUCCAGCGUGCGUUCGAGCAGGAUCUACCGUUGGAUCUGGACGACGACGAGGAGUUCAACGACAUUUGUGCGGUAACGAGCGUUCUGAAGCACUACUUCCGGAAGCUCCCAAAUCCUCUUUUUACGUUUGAGCUAUACUCGAAAUGGAUCGAAGUGGGUACCUUGGAACCCGGGCCAGCCAAACAUGAUGCAGUGGUUGCGGUGCUUGAGCAGCUGCCCAAGGCUAAUUAUGAUACCCUAAAGAUGCUGGCGCAUCACCUUCAUCGAAUUCGCGAACAAAGCAGUGAGAAUCUUAUGACAACAAAGAACCUGGCAGUGGUAUUUGCACCAACAUUGAUGCGAGACCAUGACGCUACACGGGAUCUGCUCGACAUGAGCUAUAAGAAUGCGACUCUCGAGUACCUCAUCAACCAGGCCAUGGAACUAUUCCCUUGA